AUGGGACGAAAAUAACCCUCCACCAAAUCGCGUGGCCAUCUUUACCGCAUUUGUUGACAUCGUACAGCUGUACUCCAGAAGUGUGGAAUAAGCAUACCGCAGGUUUUUUUUACAAUUAUGCGUAUUAUAGAGUGCCUUUGUAAAUUAUGAAUGUGUCAGUCGCUCCUCCGGGUUCUCGUGUAUACGUUGAGAUAUCUUCAUUAUCAACCCAAAUUCCGUCUUCAAGCAAUGUUGAAGAUGUUCACAUAUGUGGAUUGUGCAAACGCAGUUUCUCAGAUCUUGAUCUUUUUGUUGAACACAAGAGGGCUGGCUGUUCAACAUCUCCUCAGAAGACAAUAUCUACUUCUGUUGUUCCUCCAUAUAGCCAGACUUCUUUGGGGUAUGUGACAACAAAUGCAUCCAAUUCAAACGAAGAGAGUAAUCCUUCUCUGGGAACUCAGUAUCUGCAAGUAAUUCUUGAUGAAGACCCUUUAAAUUUGCCAGAAAAUCAAUCUCAAAAUCAAGAACUAUCAAGUAAUAUAAGUUGUUCUGAAAAUACUAAUCAGAUUUUGCGAGCACGCCUGUUAGGGGUGUCAGAACAAGAUACAUCUGUAGCAAAUCAUGCAAACUUUCAGAAUUCAGAGGGCUUGCAUUCUUUGGUAUUAGAAAAUCGGCCACAAUCUAAUACAAAGCAGAGAGAAUUUCAGAUUGAUGAAGAAGAUGUUGCUACAUUACUUGCUAAUCAGCUGGCUAGUGAAGAGGUGAAUUCUGUCAAUGAAACAUCCAUAGCUUCCAAAACAGGACUUAAAUAUGCUUCACACGAAGUAGUUCCUAAGUCACAAUGUCAUUUUGAUCUCGAAGCAAUUAACCUUCCUGAUGAUACUAAUGAAAGCGUGGUUGUGAAAGUGAAUAAUGGAAAGAGAUGCCAUACAAAGGACAAAGGUGCCUCAAAAAGCAAUAAAACCAAUUCUGUAGUCUCGGGGAAUUUGAGAUGGACUAAUGGGGAUGGAGAUGGCAAUAAAAAUAAUGCACCUGUAUUAACAAGCUCAUCAGAAAAAGGAACUCUUAACACCACUUCUAAUGUACCCAGAGUUGGUAUUAGCCAGGUUGUACCAUCAGAUAAAAAUAUUGAUAGUUUUACAGGAAAAAGAAAGCAUAAGUGCACCCAAGAAUCAUGUGAUUUUACAACGUGGUACAUGAAAGAUCUUAUUCGACAUGAGCGCAAACAUACUGGGGAGCGACCGUUCCAGUGCUAUUCAUGUCAUCGUAACUUUAGUAGGUUAGACAAACUUCACAUGCAUCAACGCAUUCACACUGGGGUUAAGAGAUAUCGAUGUGAAGUGUGUGAUUAUGCUACUCAUGACAGUGGUAGUUUACGCAAACACAUGCGAAUUCACAAUGAUGAAAGACCUUACAAGUGCCAAAUGUGUUCAUAUCGUUCAAGAGAUUCUUCUCAGCUUACAGUUCAUCUUCGAACUCAUACAGAAUUUCAAGAGCAGUUGGAUGCUGUUUGCAUCCCGCAGCUGUAUUCUAUUAUCUAUCCAAUACAAGAUGUCAAAACAAAUAUUCUUAGGCCUGCUGUAAAGCUAUCUGAACUUUUCAAUCAUGAAGAGAUCUACCCAUAUGUUGACCAAUUGAUGAGUGAUGUUGGAGCCAAUUUACGAGUUCAUGUGCGCCUUACACAUUCAGACACAAAGAGUAUCUCUUGCAAUAAAUGCAUUUAUGUUGCUUCUACAAAGCGAGAAUUCAAGGAACAUGAGAAAUCUCAUGCUGGCCCUCUGAAAACUCACAUGAAAAAGAAACAUCCAGAGACAUUCCGAAAGAAACAUGUAAAAGCUGUGAGUAAAGAGAGCAUAGAAAUGUCUAAAAAUGCAGCUGGUAGUCGGUCUGGAAACACCAGAGGUUCUGGCCAUUUGAAACCAUUUUGCGUGAAGCAACACAAGUGUACAUUGUGCGAUGCUGCUUUUGUGAGAGAAGACUCGUGGAGGAGCCACAUGCGCCAGCACAAAAAUUCCACAGCAAUAAAUUCAUCAGCACCCUCUGCAGUUGUUGCAGUUGUCUCUGCAUCAAACGAAAUUAUUAGUAAUGAAGAACCAAUUAUACCUGACAUCUUAAUGGCAUCGGAUGGGACUGUAGAAGCACAGAGUGAAAAACUUAGUGCCCAGAAAGACAUUCUUACAACAGACUACUUAAUAUUGAGCAGAAAUACUAGUACGUCCAAAGAAACUGAUAAAUCAAUUCCAUCUGAAAACUCCAAUGAUAAUCCUGAUGUAACAGCUGACUCUGGAGUAGAAACAUCUUUCGUGCAGUUUUCUGUUGGAGAUAAGAACGUUAAAGAGAAGGUUCCAGUGAUUCAGCAGUUGACUCAAGGAGAAAUUGUUGAUGGAGAUAAUGUACAGAGUCAACCUAUUCUUCUGUAUGUACAAAAUGCCCCUGUAUUGCAUAGUGGUUUGGACAGCAAUUUGCGCAAUGCUGAUAUUGUAGCUUCCAUAAACCAAUCAGCUCCUAUUCUGGUUACUGGUGGUUACAGUCAAUUUGUUCAGUUAGACCAAGGAGGGUCCCUUGUAGAACAGUUUUCUCCCCUUCAGCAAGGCAUGCAAUACAUAUUAUCAACGCCUUUUGAGAGUGUGGUAGGAAACACUACAUAUCUUCAACCUUUAGAAUCAACUGAUAGUUCAGGAAACUCUGUGUCUGUGGUCUCUUUACAGGUAGAUAAAGGGUCUGUUUUAACUACACAGGAGAGUGGUACUUGAGAAAAUGUUGUGUUUGAAAGAAACUUGUAAAUAAAAUAAGGAUGUAAAUUUCGUCUUUCAGAUGUACUUUUUUGUAUAGAAGCAUUAUAUUGCUUUGGAAGGAAUUAAAACAGUGUUUGUGUAUUACAUAAAAUGUUUACACGAGUUUUAAUGUAAUUUUCAUUUAUCAUGGACGAUUUUCUUAAUUGAUGGAAAUUUAUUAUUUAAAUUCACUAUCUUGAGAGUGAUACAUAAGAGAGAAAAAAAGAAAUGAAUAAUGAAAAUUGUGCAAAAAAACAAAAAUGUAAAAAUGUUGCCAAUAUUUUUUGAAACACCAACAAAUCAAGGCUGGUAGUAACUGAAAUAUUUAUUAUGUUUGAUAGGAGAAACAAAAAGGCUGUUGUUUUGAGGUUGUUGAAAUUAUUUAUUGAAAGUACUGACUUAUGAAUUCCUACUUUUUCUUAAAAUGUCAUAUUUUCAGAGAUUUCCAAACAGUUUUCCUUUGUACUCUGUUGUACUGCAAAUAAUUGCCAGGGUUAUUGUGAGAUGUAGAAAAAAAGAGUAAAAAUUAAAUGAGUAGAGUCAAAUUUUCAGGUGCAUGUAAUGAUUAAAUCUUGUACAUUGAAUCCUUGUAUCUUAAAUCUAAAGGGUAAAGGAAAAAUAUCAAGUUGCUGAAUGUUUCUGCAUAUUGAGGUUCAAAAUACAGGGAAUUAAUAUUUUCAGUGAAGAAAUAACUUAGCAGUACUAACAAAUGUGAAUAUUACAGGAGAAACAAAAAAAAGUACAUCAUUUCAUUGACUGUAAGAUGCCUCAGUGGCAACGCAUAAUAAAUUAAGUAAGAUUUCUAGUUGGGACAGUAUGGUUUCAGUUACAAAGCAUGGGCUAGAAACAUCAUUGGUGGACGGGGGUAGGGAAUCCCCCAUCUCCAGAAUUUUCAAAUACGACCAGUAAUUUUAUUGUACAUUCAUUUUUUUUCUGUUUGUAUUAACAAUAAAUAAUAUUAACUAGACUAAAUCAACCCAACUGUGCUUUGGGUUGGGGCAUAUGAAGAUGCUGACAUUAUGGGAGGAGCUGUAGCUCCCUUCAAAGACUGAAUAGUACUUAAGAAUAGCAUCAAACAAAAGCAAUUGAAUAGUGUAUUCAUCUGCCAUGGAUAUCAAGAUUUUCUGAAACUCUUAGCCUACACAAGUUGCAGCCAGUAACCAUCACAGGACAAUCUUAGGUUCAAUCAGCAUUAUAAAAUUUGUAGUAUGUGAUGUAAGUUAAGAUAAUUCCAUAUUGCUUAUGUCAUAAUAUAUAUAACAUUUUUUUUUGUGAUGAAUAGUUUUAUAAGUUUAUUGUCAAAGUAUAUCAUAGAAUUCAUGAAUAGCUGUGACAUAACUUGAACUUUUUUGAUCUACCAUGUGCACCUCAAUAACUUCAAUUAAUCAAUAAAAAAAUUGUGGCUUAAGCUAAAAUUACCAGAAUGUACUAGCAUUUAAAUCACUUCCUUUGAUGCCCUCCUCCUUUGAAUGUUACUUGCCAGAGAUGCCCAUAUUACUGUGUUCUAUUAAAUUAUGUGCACUUAGGUGGUGUACCGCAUCAGCAAAGUCUCUUUGCAGCGGCACCUUGCUGGUGAGAAUGCUUGCAACAGAAAUUAUGUUGGUAGCACAAGCUGCAGUUUGUAACCAAAGAAAAUGUUAAUUGUUUACUCACCACAAUCAUAUUGGUCGAUGCUGGAGGUGUCCCCUUCUCUUGUUCCCCACUGAUCUGGUUCUUACCUACUUCAACGCAAUUUGUAAUAGAAGGCUCUGACUUUCUUGGUGCACUGCAUUUCUGUACUUUUGUUUUUCUUUUCCAGUUAGUAAUGCAAUAUUGUUUAAAGAGCUAAUUUUUUGUUAAAUUUCAAGGCGUUUAGAAUUGGCUGAAUUGAAGUUUCUCGAACCAUAGCCAGUUAUAUUCUUGAUCCCAAAAAAAGUGAAGAAAUUAGAAACGAAUUAAAAAUUUUAAGUGUGAAUGACAUUAUUAAAGAAUAUAGAGGAAAAUGGAGAAAUCAUAUAUUAAGAAUGCCCGUAGAAAGGAUGGUCAAAGCUGCAUUGAACUACAAGCCAGAAGGGAGAAGAAAUGUGGGGGGACCACUGAGGGGUGAACAGUUUUCAGGAACUAGAACAGACUGAACAAGUAAAAUCCUUGCAGUUGAUGAUGAUUUCAAAAAUCAGAAAAUGCAUUGUUUGAAAAGGAGCUCAGGGUAUCAAUGCAGUCCACAUAAGAAAUAUGGAAAAUCACAAAAAUGUCAAUUUUGAAGUAAUAUUACUUAAUUAUUACAUUUGGGACUCAGAAACCCAAAUUUCACUGUCAUAAUCACUUUUUGCCCUAUACUUGUAGUUACAGAUGGACUUAAUUCGUUUAAUGCUGGUAGGCUUGCACAGGGUAGUGAAAAAAUUUUAAGGUUGUCACAGCUCCUAUUAACAAAUUGUUAUGCGAGGAUGCUUGGAGACAAAUUGCCAAAAAAGUUUUUAAUGGGUAUUUUCCUGUAGAUUGCCAUGAGACAUGAAAGUGGAAGUCAAGGAUACUGCAUUGCCUGUGUUGAUAAACUGCCCUUAACUGUAUUUGAGAUUAGUGUCUGUCUUCCCACAAUAAGGUGACCAGAUAUCUCGUAUUAACCGGGACAGUCCCUUGUUUUUAAGUCUCUGUUCCAGGUUUUUUUUGGAAGGAAAACAGACCGCCAAAAUGUCCCGUUUUUGUGACAAUCACUAAUUAGCAUAAAGUGCCGUUAACAAUUUUAAAUUUCUUAUGUUUUCUGUUGAGUUUGCAUUAGUUUAUAAAAAAGUAAGCAUAAGAGUGUUUCACAGACUUGAAGUCAAGAAGGGAGAGUCAGUGGUUGUGCUAGGAAGAGAAUAUGAGCUAUCGCAUCACUUGAGCUUGUAUAUGCUUUAUCAAUAUUGUUACCGAGAAAUUCAAUAACCUGGAGCUGCUGCUUAUUUGAGUUUCUUUGCAACUUAGUAAGCAAUUUUAAUGGAAGAAAAUAUGUCCUGUUUUUUAGUUAAGGAAAUAUCACAAUGUCCUUUUUUUUGGUUUUUAAGAUCUGGUCACCUUACUCCCCAAUAAGGCUUCUUGUUAAUGGUUGCUGACAAUAAAAAUAUUUUAGCUGUGAAAAUUUUAGAGAAAUAAUGGAAUGAAUGACAUUGUGUAAGUUAUUUUAUUUUGUCUUCCUUUUUUGUCAAAACUGAUAGUUUUAAAAAUUCAUAUGUGAAUAUUGGUUACUGAGCUCAAAGUGAAUGAAAUAGUCUACUAGAAUUAAAGAAUGGAGGUAUUAUUGCCAUUCAGUUAAUCUGAAAAUAUAAGAAAUCAUGGGAAAGUUAAAAAAAUCAACAAAUGCUAUCAAUAAAAUUAGUUGAUGCAUAUCUGAAAAUAUUAUGUAAUUUAAUCUUCAUUCCAUUUUAUAAUCUGAAGUUGAUUGGUGAAAUAUACUCUUACUCAGAGUAUACCAUUGCUUGAUGAUUCAGAAAAUACUUUCAUUGUUCAUCUUUCCCCUUGUACAGUUUUAAACAAACAUAUUAUCAUAACUGUUGUUGUUACUUGCAAAUACUGAUUUUAAUUGGUUGGUUAAUUUUUUUUAAGAAUUAGUUUGCCAUAUAACUCUUCUUUUUUGCAGAAUAUUAUUUCUAUGUAGUUAUUGUUUGUUUAAUAAAAUAGUUUCUUUUAGUUAUUGUUUUAUAAAUUUAUGAAGCAAUGGGCAAUUCUUGGUGUAGUAAUCAGCCACAAGAAGUUCACCUUCUACCUCAAGGUUCAGAGUUCAAAUCCUUGAACCACGCAAUGUGGAAUUUGUGUGUGGUCAAAACAGAUUUGCAGGCAUUUUCGUGGAGUUUGUCCUUGCCUGCGACAUUGUCCUUGCUUGGCACCCCACCAUGGCUCCGUACUUGUGCAUUACUCUGUGCAAUGAUUUGUCACUCUCUCUUUAUUUUUGCAUUUACCUCAUUAUUAAAAAGCAAUAUAUAGUAGCAAAACUUAGUAACUCUCUGCAGGACACCCAUCUGUGGUGAUCACCUCACACAAAUCAUAUUAAAUUCAUGAUACACUUUCCGAGAUUUCUGUUGUCUGCAAGCCAACUUGUGCAAUUUUGUUUCUCUGUUUUAGUAAUGCAACUUUCUUGUUCUCUAAUUUUCUUAUUCUUUUCUCUCAAUUAACUUGAAGAAGCUGGAGUGAUAUCUAAAUUGUAAAUGCAAAACACUUCAUAUUGAUUUCAUUGCUGCAGCAGCAAUAAAUUUUUUUAUUACAACUGUAAUAUAAUGUAGAGAACAUGUUCAUAAGAAUUGUUUUAAGCAAACAUAAAACUAUUUAUAGUGAUAUAUCAGUAAGUUAUAUUUUGAGUGAGUAGUUGGAUUUUAUUAUGGCUUUAAAAGUGUUACUAUGAAUAUUUAGAUAUUUUGUUUUUAUUAUUCUUUUAGAUAAAAGCAUAUUGAGAAAAGAUGUUCAAUAGAACAGAUCUUUUUGGUGGAGGUUAUACCCUGAGAUCCUUCUCAAAUGUACGUUUGGGGCAUAGAAAGAAAUUAUAAGAAGAUAAAAUUAUUUCAUAUGUACUCUAAAUGUAAUAACAGAAGGGUUUCUCAGCAUACUCAAUAGUUCACUAGUCUUCCUUAUAUACUUCAGACUUAAGGCUUAUUGAAUAUUCCAAGGCUGAUUAAUGUCUUCCUUUAGACCUAUAUUUUUACUUAAUACCCAUCUUAUGAUUUUUAACAUAGAAUUAGCAUUGAAGCAUUCUCAGAGCAUGUGUCGUAGAUCCAAAGCAAAGAACAACACUAUUAUUUGGCAAUUUACAAACUAAUUAAAUAAUCAUUCAAAAUGUCUUAGAACCAUAUCAGCACUUUAUUUAUUAAUCAAGAACAAUUUCAAUAAUUAAAACAAUUUAAUUCCCUCUGAAUAAAAAACCUUUUGUAAUUUUAAUAUAUUAUUCUGAAGACCAAUCAAAGUUGAUCACAGCGAAGCUAUAUUUGAAUGUUUUUCUGAAUUUCAUGAGGGCUCUUAAUAUGCUGACUAGGUCUAUUCCUAGGAAGUCUCUGUUACGGUUAAAAUCCGUUUGGGCUCUUUAAAAGCCUGAGAUGGCUGCUUUUAGAACUUAAGUUAGGUAUGUGGCCAUUUAAUAAACUAUUACUUUUGAUUCACGUAUCCUAAUAUACAUCUAAUUAAAUUAAUUUUAGAUUUUUAAUCUAAUUAUUAGAGCCCCUGUGAGAGAUCAUUUUCACAAUUUUGAUUUACUUUGAUAUUUUAAGAGGCCAUUGUAGUAUACAUAGUAUAAUUUUGCCAAAAUACUACGUCCAGAAUUAAAUGUAUGUUUCUGAUGGAUGAAUAUUAUGUAAAGGUAUUGUUAAUAUAUUUAAAAAGGGAAAUUUCUGUACCAUGUUGAUUUCUAUUACAAAUAUAGAUGAAUUAAAAGUACUUUGUUUCUGCUAAAAGAGGGGUGAAAUUCAAAAUAAAGCAAGUGUUUGUUUUGCAAACUGAUUCAAAUGUAAUUGCUGCAUGAUGCAAUUUACUUCAGUUCUUAAAUUUUUUUAAUAUCUUAAGCCUCUAAAAAUUUGUCUACAUAUGCUAACAGCUGUAAUAUAUUUUCCUCUUGAAUUCAGUUGAAUAAAAUCAACAUUUACAAAUUUUACAAAUUUUUCUGCAUGAUUUGAUGUAUCAAAAGUUCAUGAUUCUCUCAAGUAUUAAUCUGUAAUCAGUUAUUUGCUUGCUAGUUGCCUCCCAAGUCUCAAGAAACUAUUGAUUGCUACAAUUUUAAUUCAGCUGUGGUACUGAUUUUUUUUCUGAAGGUACUUAAUGAACUGAAAGGGUGAUAAUUUUCAGAAAUUAAUGAAAAAUAUUGACUCCCGUGUAUCCAUUACCACUGUACAAGCAAAAGCAAAAAAGAUUAAAUGAAAGUAUUAUUAAUUUAUGGAACAAAAAUAAAAAUAUUCAUAAGGGAAAAAGUUUAGUCCAUUUGGAGUUGAGAAAGAUAAUUUUCUUCUGUGAAUAAAAUUUAUCUGUAAUUUUUGUUAUUUAAGGUCGCAUCAACUACUAGGUCAUUAGCGACCACUACUGCCUUAGCAAUCUCGGCCAUCCAGACCGGCUGAAAUAAAGUUUUGUUAUGUAAAUGAAAGUGAGAAUUUAUUAAAAAGCAUCAUUGUAUUACAUGAAUGCUUCAAAAUAGCAUAUUUCAUUGUUCUAAUGAGAUUGUUGUUGUCAAGGAGAUGUAAAGAAAUUGACUAUGUUUUUACAUGCAAAUUGUGUUAUCAGAAAAAUAAAAUUUUAAUUGCGAAAUUGAAGGCUUGAAAUAAAAAAGGAUGUAAGUGCCAUUUUCAUACUUUUGAGAAAAAUGAGUUCGUUAAACCUAUCGGCACAUACAACUCCUGCCAUUAAUCAUCACCCUAUAACACUAUCAAGAAAUAUAUCUGGACUUUUGUUCUGUUGGUUUGGCUUCAUGCUGGGAAAGGUGACAAAAUAAUAUUGAUAAUAACCCAUGGAUUAUUAGAUCAUUUGUCUGAAAUGGAAAAAACAGCAUAUUUUUCUGUGAAUAGAACUCAUUAUUGUAAUGAGAUUAUUGUCAAGGAUUCAUAAACAAAUUGUUGCAUGUAUCAAAAAUGUAAUGGAAUUUGUUCAAUAAUAAAUGUUUCAUUUUACUAGAAAAAGUUAAUGUUGUCAAGACAAUAAAUGUCUUUUUCGUGUAGUGGUGGGGGAUAAAUAUUUUUUAUGAUUUUUUAACUUUUUGAUUUGCAAUUGACUUGGAAUACAUCCCAAAGUAAUGCAAGUAUGUUUCCUCUACAAACAUCAUAUUGUCAAAAACUUGAAAUAUUGCAGUAUGUUGACAUGUCUGGUGAGGGCAAGUAUUCUUUAUUUUUCUUAAUAGUGGUGUAAUGUAACUUACUGAAGCAUUUUUUGUUGUCCUUGUAUUUAAGUAAGUUUGUGACAUUCCCAGUAAAUGUGGUUUUGGGUACUCAUGUGCUUUGAGGGCGAAUAUUUUGUGCCCAACAGUAAUGGAGAUGGUGUUUGCAGUGUUUGUGUGACAUUAUUGAGAUUUUAUUGAAUGCAUUUAGCGUAAUGUGAGCCAUUGAAAGUGAUAAUUAGUUUUGUGUUUUUGUAUGGUCUAUUUAUGUACUUUAAUCUUUGUAUGAAGCUUUAAUUACAAAUUGUAAAUAUUACUUGAAUGUUUUUGAAAUAAAUUAUAUUUUUAUAUUUCA